GCGAGUGGGCUGAAACCGCCGAGAGGGGCGCUGAGGAGACGCGCUUCUCGGGCAACGCCGGCCAGAGACCCCGAACGCGAGGGCGAGCGCCGGUUUCGCGGCCUCUCGGCGGAGCUUGGCCCUCCCACGAACUCAGCUCGGAAGACCCAGGCCCUGCGUCCCACUGGCUCCGGCCUCGCUCGGCGCCUCCCAGCUGAGGGACCGAGGAGGGUGCCCUGACUCGGGCCGCUCCACAGUGCGCUCAGCAGCCGCUGCCUUUCGAGGUGGCGUCUGGGCCACAGCGGAGGCUGCACUUGCCGCUGUUCACUCGCCCCCUGCGCCGCGACUUCUUCCUUUUUGGGUCAGUGGGACCCGGGCGACAGCCAGAUUCCUCAGGUGGUCCGUGCCUUGCAGCUGCGGAUCCUCCGUGCGUUGCCCAGCUCCCAGGACUUUCCUCCCCGUCCAGGCUGAGCGCCGCGGGAGCUCCAUCUUUGUGGCGCCCUGAGAGUCUCCCAGACUUCGCUGGAGCAGAGCCUCGGCCUCUUUGCCUUUCCUGACCUUCCUCAGUUCUGAAAUGGCACCAUUGUGCCAAGUAAUGGUUUGAGGUGAUUUGUUGCACAGCAGAAGAUAACUGGAAUGUCUCCCAUUGACAAAAGGACUUUAACAUCCUUCAGGACCUUCUUCCUCUUCUAGAUCCUUGGAUCCACUGGGUCACAGGAAUGAGCACUGCAACACCCUGCACUCCCAGAUCCUGGACCUCCUCCCUCACAGUGAUGUCCUCAUCUAAGCCAUUCAGCUGCCUUCCUUCAGUUGACAAAAAGGCAGGAUUGCUCCCAGAUUUAAUGGCCACCUGAGAGGACUUUGGAUGCAGAACACAUGGAGGCCUCAUCUUACCACCUCUUCAAGGAUCCCCUGACACCCCCUGGGAUUGUCAAAAGGCAGGACCCUGAGCAGAGCAGCAGGUCAUAAAGUCACCAUGCCAACCUUCUUGUCCAUCAUAAGGGACAUCACAGGUAAUUCCACCUCCUUGGGGUGGAGGACAGGCUGCACAGGUAGUGAACCAUCCCUCAAGCCAUCAAUCUUUUCCUCUUCUGCCCUGAGGGCAGGUACCAGGGGGAGGCUUACAGUGUACCUUAGUGAAAGGGCUGGAGGGGCCAAGGCUUUUGGACACAAGUGGAGGUGGUAGAGGCCACGGUCUGAGGUGGCCUGGAGUGGCCGGGGUCCACUGGGGCCACAGGUGCAGCCAGUUAAAUGGAGAGUGGCAGGCCCUGGAUGCCUGGCCCCAGGCUCUUCCUGCUGCUGUUGCUGCCCCCUCCACUGCUGAGUGCAGGAAGCUUGCAGCACAGUGUCCUAGACUGGAGAAAUUUCCACCACCUUGACCUUGGCUGGAGAAACAUUCACCACUACCUCAGCCCAGACUGGAGAAGCUUCAACAGGGACACUGGUCAUCAAAAUAGCAAGGCAGACAGGUUGUAUGACUGCAGAGGAGAAUUCGACCUCUACUUCAUCAUAGAUGCGUCGAAGAAUGUAGGCGACUCCUGGAAGGACAUUUGCAAAUUAGUGGAAAAAUUGCUGAAGAGGUUUACAAACCCUGAAUUGCGGGUUUCAAUCAUCACCUACUCCUCAUAUGGAAACACCAUCCUAUGGCUCAAUAAAGACAGAAAUAUAAUACGGGAUGCUCUUAAAAGACUUCGGGAUAUAGUGCCUGCAGGACCCGCAGAAAUGCAGGAAGGAUUUAAAAAGGCCAAUAUGCAGAUUCAGAAAGUUUUCUACCCAAACAGGAAAGCUUCCAGCCUGAUUUACACUCUGACUGCUGGACCACUGAAGCCAUCGGCAUUACAGGAGACUAAGAAGCAAGUUAGCAUAUCUCAGAGGAUGAAGACCAAAAUUUACUCCCUGGGUUUAAAAGCCUAUAAGAAAAACCAGCUGCUUCAAAUUGUAGAAGGAAAGAAGCACUUGUUUGAAGUGCCCAAAUCUGAUGAGGAAGGUUUUAUUAAAUCGUUCGUGGGAAAUUCCUGUAAGGACGUUAUGAAUGGAGACACAUUCUAUGCUUGUGUAGGAGAAUCCUACCAACUUGGUUUUUUUGCACAAGGCCUAAUUCCAGAAAAAAUUGGAGAAUAUAUUUGCAGAUAUAAUUUCAGCGAAUCCAUAAUCUACACUAAAACACCCGUCAACGUGACUGGAGAAAGACUAAUUUGCCCAGGACAUAUUUUUGAUAAGGAUGAACAGGUGGUCGUCGUUGAUUACACCCUGGACCAGGGUGAGACAUACGGUAGCCGAGGCUUGAAAAUCACGAGCAGGGACUGUUAUGAGCCUACAGAGCCCACGACUGUCCCCACAACAACCACAACAACCACAGUGCCCACCACAACCACAACAACCACCACAACAACUGUGCCUACCACGACCACAACAACCACCACAACGACCGUGCCGACCACCACCACCACCACCACAACGACAGUGCCAACCACCACCACAACCACCACAACGACAGUGCCGACCACCACCACGACCACCACAACGACAGUGCCGACCACCACCACCACCACCACCACGACAGUGCCGACCACCACCACCACCACCACAACGACAGUGCCGACCACCACCACCACCACCACCACCACGACAGUGCCGACCACCACCAAAAGGACCACAACCACAACAACCACAAUGGCCACAACUACCACAACUACAACCACAACCACCACAACGACCACAACCACCACGACAACCACCACAACGACCACAGUGCCUACCACCACUACCACAACCACAACAACGACAACGACCACAGUGCCUACCACAGACACAACGAUGACCACGGUGACUACUGAGGUCAUAGAGGAGGAGACCACGGUGCCUGCGGUUGUCCACCAGAGCCCGGCCCCCAGCAAUCCUCUCUUGUACCCCACACUCAUCCCAUCCCUGGUUGUGAUCCCAUUGCUGAUUGUCUGCAUCUGCUGCUACAAGAGGGUUGUCCAAGAGCCACCACCAGCCCAGAAACCAGAAAGGCCGUGCCCUGUACAGAAAGGUACCACAGUGAUUAUCCCCUACUGUGAGUGCGAGGAAGACAGUAUAAGACGGAUGGAGGGAAAACUGAACACCUUGUGCGCCUUGGUUCAGCGCUGCAGCCAGAUGCCACUGAUGUGGUACCCGCCCAGGGACAUGCCCCAGACUGCGGAUGUCAUUCAUCACAUACUCCACGCAGGGCAACACCGUCAUGAAACUCACCUCAAACAGGCCAAUGAGCAGAUUUACAAAGUUCAGUCCAGCAACUUUGGCGCUUCUAGUCUGAUUUACACUCUGACUGCUGGACCACUGCAGCCAUCAGCAGUACAGGAGACUAAGCAGGAAGCUGACAAGGCUCGGAGAAUGAAGGCCAAGGUUUACUGCAUUGGUAUGAAAGAUUAUAAGGCAUACCAGCUGAAUAAAUUUGUAGAAGCAAAGACUCACUUCUUUAACAUGGAGCAAAUCGAAGACCAGAAACAAUUAAUUGCAUCGAUCGUGGGAAAUUCCUGUGUGGAACUUAUGGCUAAAGACACUUACUAUGUCUGCAUAGGAAACGACUACAGUCUUGAGUUUUAUACAUAUGGUCUAGAGCCAGAGAAAAUUGGAGAAUAUUCCUGCAGAUAUAAGUUGGAUGAAACCGAAGUCUUCUCUAAACCACCCAUCAGCGUGACUGAAGAAGUAAUAAUUUGCCCAGGACAUAUUUUUGAUAAGGAUGGACAGGUGGUCGUCGUUGAUUACACCCUGGACCAGGGCGAGACAUACAACCAGGAUUUGUUUAAGGUCAUGGGAAAGGACUGUUAUGAGCCUACAGAGCCCACGACUGUCCCCACAACAACCACAACAACCACAGUGCCCACCACAACCACAACAACCACCACAACAACUGUGCCUACCACGACCACAACAACCACCACAACGACUGUGCCUACCACGACCAAAAUGACCACCACAACGACCAUGCCUACCACAACCACCACCACCACCACGACAGUGCCUACCACCACAACCACCACAACAACAGUGCCGACAACCACCACCACGACAGUGCCUACCACCACCACCACAACGACAGUGCCUACCACCACCACCACAACGACAGUGCCGACCACCACCACCACCACCACAACGACAGUGCCGACCACCACCACGACCACCACGACAAUGCCGACCACCACCACCACCACCACAACGACAGUGCCGACCACCACCACAACAACCACCACAACAGUACCAACCACCACCACCACAACGACAAUGCCGACCACCACCACGACCACCACAACGACCAUGCCGACCACCACCACGACCACCACAACAAUGCCGACCACCACCACGACCACCACAACGACAGUGCCACCACCACCACGACCACCACAACGACAGUGCCGACCACCACCACGACCACCACAACGACAGUGCCGACCACCACCACCACCACCACCACGACAGUGCCGACCACCACCACCACCACCACCACAACAGUCGACCACCACCAAAAGGACCACAACCACAACAACCACAAUGGCCACAACUACCACAACUACAACCACAACCACCACAACGACCACAACCACCACGACAACCACCACAACGACCACAGUGCCUACCACCACUACCACAACCACAACAACGACAACGACCACAGUGCCUACCACAGACACAACGAUGACCACGGUGACUACUGAGGUCAUAGAGGAGGAGACCACGGUGCCUGCGGUUGUCCACCAGAGCCCGGCCCCCAGCAAUCCUCUCUUGUACCCCACACUCAUCCCAUCCCUGGUUGUGAUCCCAUUGCUGAUUGUCUGCAUCUGCUGCUACAAGAGGGUUGUCCAAGAGCCACCACCAGCCCAGAAACCAGAAAGGCCGUGCCCUGUACAGAAAGGUACCACAGUGAUUAUCCCCUACUGUGAGUGCGAGGAAGACAGUAUAAGACGGAUGGAGGGAAAACUGAACACCUUGUGCGCCUUGGUUCAGUGCUGCAGCCAGAUGCCACUGAUGUGGUACCCGCCCAGGGACAUGAUUCCUUUCCAUCUAGACUUUGAAGACCCAGUCAAGUUUUCCUUUGACACUAAUGUUUGUGAGGACUAUCAACAAUCAAGGCUCCAUUGUGAAAACGUCAGAACACAUUGUGAAAAUGUCAGCAUGAGGCUGAAGCAUCAACCUGGACCACAGAGUUUGAGAAGGUCCUUGGAUCCACUGAGUCACAGGAAUGAUCACUGCAACACUCUGUACUCCCAGAUCCCGGACCUCCUCCCCAACAGUGAUGUCCUCAUCUAAGCUACAGCUGCCUCUCUUCAGUUGACAAAAAAGGAAGAAUUGCU